CGCGCCGCCGCCAUGGAGCGCAUCGAGGGGGCGGCCGUGAGCCGCUGCGCAGCCUCGCCCUACCUGCGGCCGCUCACGCUGCACUACCGCCAGAACGGCGUCCGGAAGUCCUGGGACUUCAUGAGGACCCAUGACAGCGUGUCCAUUCUCCUGUUCAACUUGUCCCAGAGGAGCCUGGUGCUGGUCAAGCAGUUCCGGCCGGCCGUGUACGCCAGCGAGGUGGAACGCCGCUUCCCCGGCUCCCUGGAGGCCGCGGACCAGGACGGGCCCCGGGUGCUGCCGGCGGUGCUGCCCGGGGCGGCGGGAGUGACGUACGAGCUGUGUGCCGGCCUCGUGGACCAGCCGGGGCUGUCGCUGGAGGAGGUGGCCUGCAAGGAGGCGUGGGAGGAGUGUGGCUACCGCCUGGCCCCCGCGGAGCUGCGCCGGGUGGCCUCCUACAGGGCCGGCGUGGGACUGACGGGCUCCAGCCAGACCCUGUUCUAUGCAGAGGUGACGGACGCCCAGCGGGGCGGCCCGGGUGGGGGCCUGGCGCAGGAGGGCGAGCUCAUUGAGGUCCUGCACCUGCCCCUGGGCGCCGCCCAGGCCUUCUCCGACGACCCGGAGGUGCCCAAGACGCUCGGAGUCAUUUUCGGCAUCACGUGGUUCUUCAGCCACGUGGCCCCUGACCUGGAUCCCCAGUGACCCUUGGCGCGGUCAGGGCUGCCCGGCCUCCCGUCCUGCACACCCAAUAAAGCCCCCAGCCCUGGCCCGUGUCCUCGCUGUG